UCUAGCUUAGUUGCUUGUAAAUGGCGAAAAAGACGAGAGAAGCCAUUUCCAUGGCUUCAACUUUGCCGACGUCUCUCUCUCCUCCGCCGGUACCUAUGGAACUUCACGUAUCCAACCGUCAAAAGCUGCUCAAUUCUAUUCGCCAACACCUCUCCGACGCAUCUCGCCCCCAUCACGGCUUCGUUCUCCUCCAGGGUGGUGAGGAGAAAUCGCGCUAUUGCACUGAUCACCUCGAGCUCUUCAGGCAAGAGUGUUACUUCGCUUACCUGUUUGGUGUGAGAGAGCCUGGUUUUUAUGGUGCUAUUGACAUUGCAACUGGAAAAUCCAUUCUAUUUACGCCUAGGUUACCUGCUGAUUAUGCUGUUUGGAUGGGAGAAAUAAAGCCAGUUUCCUACUUUCAGGAAAGGUACAUGGUUAGCAUGGUAAACUACACUGAUGAGAUUGCUCAGGUCUUGGUUGACCAAUAUAAGGGUUCUGGAAAACCUUUAUUGUUCCUCUUACAUGGGGUUAACACCGAUAGCAAUAAUUUCUCAAAACCUGCAGAGUUUGAGGGAAUAGAAAAAUUUGAGACAGAUUUGACAACUCUGCAUCCUAUAUUGACCGAGUGCCGAGUUUGCAAGUCAGACUUGGAGCUUGCUCUUAUCCAAUUUGCCAACGAUAUAAGUUCUGAAGCUCAUGUUGAGGUUAUGAGAAAAACCAAAGCGGGCAUGAAAGAGUAUCAACUGAAAAGCAUGUUUCUUUAUCAUACCUAUAUGUACGGUGGCUGUAGGCACUGUUCAUAUACAUGUAUUUGUGCUACUGGUGAAAACAGUUCUGUUCUACAUUAUGGACAUGCUGCAGCUCCUAAUGACAGGAUCUUAGAAGAUGGAGAUAUGGCCUUGCUUGACAUGGGAGCUGAGUACAGUUUCUAUGGAUCUGACAUUACGUGCUCAUUCCCUGUGAAUGGGAAAUUUACAAGCGACCAGAGCAUUAUAUAUAAUGCUGUCCUAAAUGCUCACAGCGUUAUAACUGCAAUGAAGCCUGGUAUAAACUGGGUGGAUAUGCACAAGCUAGCUGAGAAAAUCAUUCUGGAGUCACUGAAAAAGGGCAACAUCCUUGUCGGAAACAUUGAUGAUAUGAUGGUUGAACGAGUGGGUGCUAUAUUUAUGCCUCAUGGUCUGGGCCAUUUAUUGGGUAUUGAUACUCAUGAUCCUGGUGGUUAUCCAAAGGGUGUAGAAAGACCAAAAGAACCUGGUUUGAAGUCUUUGCGUACUGCUAGACAACUCCAGGAGGGAAUGGUGAUAACUGUGGAGCCCGGAUGCUAUUUCAUUGAUGCAUUGUUGGCUCCAGCUAUGGAAAAUGCAUGCACUUCAAAGUUCUUCAACCAUGAAACGAUAGACAAAUUUAAAAAUUUUGGAGUUCGGAUAGAAAGUGACGUGCUUGUAACGGCCAACGGUAGCAAGAACACGAAAGUUCCUCGAGAAACAUGGGAGAUCGAAGCUGUCAUGGCAGGGGCACCAUGGCCACUCAACAAAGCCUCUGGCUAAUACCUGAGGAUGCACGGACCGGGAAGAUCUCUCUCUGUCGGCCA